AUGGCUUAUGACUUAAAACAAGAAGAAGAAGUGAAGGAGUAUAUAGAAAAUCUCGGAAUUGAGUACCGGUUUGGGUGUUACAAAGAGCAGAAGCCGGAAGUAUGUCAUCUUCUAGGAGAUUAUCUGGAGGCUAUAAAGAAGGACUAUGAUAAGGCAGCGAAAGUGUUCAAAAGUAAUUGUUUGGAUUAUAAAUUUGGGAAAUCAUGUCUGAAGAUUGGAAACUACACGCUGGUGGGUCGAGGAAGGGAGAAAGGUGAUCAUGCGGAGGCUUUGAAGUAUUUUGAGAAGGGAUGUGAAUAUAACGAGCCUGGAGCGUGCUUGCACGCAGGUCUGCUGCUGACAGCCACUGGACCCGGCGCGACCAUCCCACGGGACGUGCCUAAAGGUUACAACUACCUCAAGAAAAGCUGUGACCAAAAUGACCCGAUGGCAUGCCACUACCUCUUUGGAAUGUACCUGACUGGCGUACCAAAGAACGUAGCAGAAUUCAAUCCACACAAUCCAGAGAAAAACAAAAACAUAGAAUACAUAAUUAAAUCAGACAAAAAACAAGCAUUUCAAUUUGCAAAGAAAGCGUGUGAACUUGGUCACAUGUAUGCCUGUGCGAAUGUUAGUAUGAUGUAUAAACGAGGGGACGGAGUGGAACAAAAUGCGGAUGAAGCAAAGAGAUUCUUUGAAAUUGCACAAGCGUUACAGAAAGCUCAUGAAACCACGAAAGAGAUCGGAAUUAUUGGCGGGUCAGGGUUCGAUGACCCCACGCUGUUCGAGAAUCAAAUCGAGAAGGAUGUGACGACACCGUUUGGCAAACCAUCAGAUGUGUUGAUUGAGGGGCAGAUCAAAGGAGUCCCCUGUGUACUGCUGGCUAGACAUGGGAGGAAACAUCAAUUCCAGCCGAGCGACGUGAACUACCGCGCCAACAUCUGGGCUCUGAAGCAGGUGGGAUGCACGCAUAUCCUGGCGACGACUGCUACCGGCUCGCUGGUGGAGGAGUACAAGCCUGGCGACCUCGUCAUAUUGAACGAUUUUAUUGACAGAACUUGGGGUCGUAAGUGCACGUUCUACGACCGCACAGAAGGUGGUCCUAAGGGAGUAUGUCACUUACCUAUGCGGCCGGCCUUCUGUGAGCGCGCUAGAAACGCCAUGAUCACUGCAGCUAAGGCCAGAGGUUAUAGUCACCAUGAAACUGGCACCGCUGUCGUUAUACAGGGACCUAGAUUUUCAAGCAGAGCUGAGAGCCUGAUGCACCGUCAAUGGGGCGGUCAUCUUGUCAACAUGACCACUGUUCCAGAGGUAACUAAUUAUGAUACAAAACAAACUAGCAAACCCGGCGAACUCCGUUUCGCCACCAGAUGGCUUCGUUUUAUGUAA